AUGUGUGAGUUUAAUCAGACUCAGGUCACACACAUAAAACUACUCGGAUUUCAAGGUCUUUAUAAAUACAAAAUUCUAAUAUUUAUCGGGUUUCUUCUUCCGUACUUGUUUAUACUAAGUGGAAAUAUUUUAAUUAUCAUUAUAGUGGAAACCAAUGAUCAGCUUAAAAUUCCGAUGUUCUUCUUUCUCAAACAUUUAGCUGCAUAUGAUGUCCUAAUGACCACCAGUGUGAUACCAAUGGCACUGGACAUUAUCAUCAAAGAGGAAGGAAACGUACCACUGGCUGGCUGCUUUAUUCAACUUUACUGUCUUGCUGUUUUUGGUUAUUUGCAAAGUUUUCUUAUUGCCGCCAUGUCCUCCGAUCGCUAUUUGGCCAUCUGCAAGCCAUUGAGAUAUUCAUCACUUAUGAACUCCCAUGUUUGUUCCCGGAUGAUCAUUGGGUUCUGGGUCUUGGCUAUCACUUUAUUAUCAAGUGAACUGAUUGAGUUAUUUCAACUGAAUUACUGUGGACUGAAUUCUAUAGAUCACUUUUUCUGUGAUUUCGGCCCAUUAGUUGGGUUGUCCACCUCAGACACUUCUGUUUUAAUACUGCAGGAUUUUAUUAAUUCAACCUUCACCUUUGUUUUCCCAUUUGUUAUUAUUAUUAUAACGUACAUCUGCAUCGUGGUCACUAUUCUGAAGAUGUUUUCCAUUUCUGGGCAAAGAAAAGCCUUCUCCACUUGCAGUUCCCAUUUGUCCAUAGUUUGUGCUUUUUAUGGCACAUUAAUCAUUGUGUAUGUGGCCCCGUCUGAUGACAGCUCAACCAGCAUGAAUAAAUAUAGAGCUCUCGCGUACACAUUGGUGUCUCCAUUGAUGAAUCCAAUCAUAUACAGCUUGAGAAACCAUGAGAUCAAGAGAGCCAUGAAAAAACUUCUGUCUAAUAUUGUAACAGUCCUCCCAAUGCUGUUGGAUCGCAACUGCGGAGUAGCUUAG